AUGGCCUUGCUGCAGGUUAUGAAGACUCCUCAGAUAAGCCCAGGACUUUUUAAGGCCCUGCCGAAAUCGACGGAAACACUGACGCCGGAACAGGUCACCGAGUACAAGGGCAUCUUUGAGAUGUUCGACGAAGAAGGAAACGACCUCGUGAAAACGAGUGAGCUGGAGCGACUCAUGAGUCUGAUCGGCAUAAAUCCUACCAAACGAGAACUGACCCUGAUGGCAAAAGAUGUUGACAAAGAGAACAAAGGCACCUUCAAUUGUGACGCGUUUCUGGUCUUGAUGGGCAUUUACCACGAAAAGACGAAGAACCAAGAUGAGGAGCUGAGAGCAGCCUUCAAAGUCUUCGAUAAGGAGCACAAAGGCUACAUUGAGUGGAACACGCUGAAGUAUGUGCUGAUGAACGCCGGAGAGCCUCUGAAUGAGGAGGAAGCCGAGCUCAUGAUGAAGGAAGCUGACAAGGAUGGAGAUGGGACCAUCGACUAUGAAGAGUUCGUAGCGAUGAUGACAGGCGAAUCUUUUAAACUGACCCAGUAAGGCCAACCG